GAACAACUGACAGCAAGCAGCCCGCAGGACCCAGAGAAGACACACAUAGGAUGAGAAGAUGGAGAUUACCAAAGAGGAGCUCCAGAUGUGGAUCAGGGAUAUGGUAAAGAAUAUGAAGCUGAUCUCCCCUGAUGUGCUAGAGAAAUGCAAUCUGCUGCAGUCUCUACUGGAUAUGAGGGAGGAACAAGCCGUCAACUUCCUGAAGCUCUGCGAGUCUGUGAUGGCAUGUGAAGCAAUUGUGAAGAAACAAUACGCUUUGCUGGGGUGGGAAUACAGAGACACAGAUUCUGAUGAUGAUGAUGAUGAUAAUAUUACAGGCUCUGGAACUAUACCUGACUCUGUUCAUUCUGAGACUCAAGUGCCCUGCCUUCAAGGUACUAAUGGCCCCACUCCUCUGUCACCAAAGCAACAGGACAGCCUUAACCUAAAUGGAGAAAAUGAGGAAAAAAGCUCUCUUAGUCUAAAAAGAGAACUAGUGGUGGUUUUAACCAGACUUCCAAAAUGUAAGAUUGAUGCUUUACAUCCACCAACACCUCAGAAACAGUACAGUGAACAUGAAUCCUUAAUUAAAUUGGAAUCCGAUAUAGAGUUGAAACUAGAAGAUGACUCAUAUGAUUUUGAUCACUGUUUCUCGAGCGCAAGUAAGAGGAGAAGAAUAGAUCAAAAUAAUGAAAAAACUGCCGAGAGCAACUUAACAAAAACAUCAAUACCUCAAGCCGAUGGAAAUACUGCUACGAAGCCAGCUCAAGCCAAUGGAAAUACUGUUGUGAAGAGUGAGUCAACAACAACAUCAACACCUCAAGCCAGCACAAGUAAUGACGACAAAAUCAACACUGGGGAAACAUCAACACCCCAAGGCAACAGAAAUACCAACGCUAAGACCGACACAACGAACACAUCACUGAAGCCUGUAAACACCAAUGAAAAGAUCUAUGUGGGCAUGAAUGUCCUGGCCAGGAAGAAGAUCAUGAGCUGGAAAUUGGGGAAACUCAUUGAAAUUGUAAAAAAGGAGGAUGGUGGGGUGAAAUACAAGAUACAUUUUGAGGAGAAAGGGAAGAGGCUUGUCUCUGGACACCACAUCGCUUUUCACCGCGUGCCAAAUGUGGGUCAGCUAUAUGUUGGUGCUCGUGUGGUGGUCAGGUGUCAAGAUAAUGAGAUCCAGUUCAGGCCUGGUAUUUUGGCAGAGCUCCCAUGCAGAAAGAACCAGUCAAGGUUCCUUGUCUUUACCGAUGAUCACACACCUGUUUAUGUUGGCUUACCUUUAAUUCACCUCGUGUGCAGACCAUUGAAAAAUGCUUUAGAUGACAUUCCAGACAGCCCUCACAAGUAUUUCAUGAAGAAGUACUUAAAGGCCUGGCCGUACCCACAUUUAUGCCAGGGAAGGGUUGGACAGUUCCUGAAUGUGGAGUUAAAUGGAGUCCUGCAGAGGUGUAAGGUUCAGGUGGUCGACAGCAGCUUGAUACAGGUUGUUUUUCAGGGUGAUCAACAUAUUGAGUGGAUCCACCGAGGCUCCAUACGAGUGGAAAAUGUGGCAAGGUUUUUGGGAAUAAAGAGUGGGGAAGAGCCUAAAGAUGAAAGAGGUGAACUAUAAUGUUGGCCUGGAAAAUGGAAAUGUUCAGUUCAGUUUCCAUAACUAUUGCCCCAAAGUGAUGUGCCAAUGGAUUGUUUUUUGGGAAACAUAAACUGAAACCAUCUCAGCCCAAAAUAGGAUUUACUGUUAUGAAAUGCUUACAGAUGUAAUGUUUACUAUUUUUUCCCAUUACAGUUGUGCAGAUUGUCCAGAAAUUGUUAUCUUUUAACAGCCUUUCUCAGCAUAUUCAAAUGGAUGUAUAUUCACACAAGUUACUGCCUUUUUUUGUCCAGAGAUGCUUUUUAUAGGUUUUUUGUCUGGAUCAGCAUUUUCUAAAUAUCAGAUGGGUUUCCUCUUUUAUCGUCUUUUGUUUCAAUUUUGUAAAUAAUAAAUGUCUCAAUCUUUGAUGUUUUAUUGUUGUUUUAUUGACAUAUUAUUGUAUGUUAGCAUGUCAUUUGAA